AUGAAGAUUUCACCACACUAUGUUGCGCGCCUGGGUAUUAGCAUGGAUUCUGCCCCUCAUCAACAGCCCACACUGGCCUUGACAGAGCCAGAACAAGCCCCCCGCUUGACAGUCUCGUUAAACGGGUGGAAGAAGCUCUCCGCCAAGGUAGCCAAUUGGCCAAGUAACGCGAUCGCAAUCACCAUAAAACGCGAGCCGGAUGGCUCGGAUAGACCAUGCGUGUUCAGAUGGAACCCAGCAAGUGCACCUCUCAUCCUCCGCCUUCUUUCCAACAAUGGAGAGAUGCAGGAAGCGCCAGUGACUGCGCCUACGCCGCAGGGUCCAACCCUUGAACACGACUCCCCGCUCGGUCCUUUUUCCGCAAACAGCAAGGACACAAUCGAGCUAUGGCCGGCGGCCGAGACAGCAAUCUACACAACUCUCCCGGAACGUUACGGACCGCUGCUGGAUGUGGGUGGUCUGUACGAGGUGGUAUUGGCGUGGGGGGGAUGCGAUAUCGCACACUGGGCUUGGGGCACAAUGUUAGAUCACCUGGUGCAGGGCCAGGAUCUGUUCGCGCUGGAGCCUCCAGUUACGAGGAUUCCACUGACACUAACGGUAUCGCCCGGUGCGCGCUUUUCGUUCACAGCCCUCACCCCCCACUGGCGGCCGGAGCUGGCACACCAGAACAAAACCCCAAGGCCGCCUUUGAUUGAUCCCUCUGCUAGGCUUUCGGGCGCCCCGGUGUUAACAAUUACACUCUCCGUGGGCGAUGGCAAAAUCACCGGUCGCGAGUGGGACGUCGAACUGAAAUUAAUGACCAAAGUCACCUAUCACGGCGUGCUGGGCAACCCAACCCCCAGUCCGAUAAUCUUCUUCGCGAACGCCACAAUAAUAUACGAGUCGCAUUUCCUGCUAGACCGACGCCGCGGCGAGGCUUCCUGGGAGCGCUGCCAGCCUGUCUUCCCCUGCGGAGUCGGUGUGUACCCAAUCGAUGUUCCGCGGGGAUUCACCCACGCCCAUCCAAGCUCGUUUGUGAGUCUUCACCCUGGUGAGAGUUGGGAGGCAACAAUGGAGGCUUGCGAUGGAGACCCCUGGGAGUUCCCGCCGGAUGUAGCAAUCGGUGAUAUCUUCCGUCUUCAGCACAGGGGGUGUGUGGUUGGCUGGUGGAACUGGGGCGGCUCUGAGGAUUUGGCUGCCGCCCUUACCUCAUUCCCUUCUAUCAACGAGACUCUGGUGGCGUAUCCCAAGGACAUUGGGGGGCGGCCGAAGCUGGUGGUACCUGCUUCCGACGCUAUCGAGCUAGUCUACGAGGAGCAGGACUAA